AUGGCUCAACCAUAUCUACCAGCGGAGAAAUUUCUCUCCCGAAAACAGGAGACAAUUCUGCUCGACGAUGACGUCAUCUACUGGAAACGAAUGCAACAAUUGACUGUAUUCCAGGAGCCGUCGGUCGUCUCUUCUGUCAGAAUCUCACCGAAGAAGCCGUUCCACGUGGCGACGACUUCGAGUGUCCGUCUGACACUCUACGAUACGACUGUCUGCGAACCGUUGAAUUUGUUCAGUCGAUUCAAAAAAGGCGUCUGUUCCAUCGAUUUCAGACAUGAUGGACGACUUCUAGGAAUCGGUGGUGACGAGGGAAAAGUGCGAAUCUUCGACGUGGAAAAGACGACGGGCACAUCGAAAGUUGCUCUCCGCGUGAUGCAAGCCUCCCAAUCGACCGUCAAAUCUGUCCAUUUCUCACCACGAGGCGACACAAUCUUCUCACUCGCCGACGACGGAAAAAUCAAACAAUGGCUUGUCGCAGACACGGCGUACGGUGUCAACGCGGUGCCACUCGUCGAAAUUCAGGCGCACGACGACGCGAUCAGAUGUGGAGCCGUCUCGUCGAUCAAUGAUCAUUGCGUUCUGACGGGUGGAUACGAUCAUAAAGUUCGUCUUUGGGAUAUUCGAAGCAAGGAGAAAACGAUGGAAUUGGAUUGUGAGCAUCCCGUCGAAUCGGUGCUCUUUUUGCCCGGAGAACAGUUGAUUGCCACUGCGGCGGGCCCGAUUGUUAAAAUCUGGGACACGACCACCGGCCGCCCGCUGACGGCUCUCCAAGCUCACUAUAAGACGGUGACAUCUCUCCGUUUGGCAACCAGAUCGACAUGUCUUCUGACCGCCGGAAUCGAUCGUCGAGUGAAUGCAUUCCGAACGACGAAUUACUCACUGAUUCACUCGUGGUCAAUGCCAUCGCCAAUUUUGGAUUUAGACGUCUCCCGAGACGAUGAAACGAUGGCGAUUGGAAUGGGAAAUCUGUUGGCACUCUAUCGGAGAGCUGAGAUCAAAAAAGAGACGACGGCGUCUGCUUUAAUUGAAGAUAAGAAAGCGAUGAUUCGAGUCGCCGCGCCGCCCGUUAAACUCGCUGAAAAAGAUCGAGAGACGCAGAAAGUUGAGGUGGUGGCGAAGAGUGCGGAUCGGCUGAAAAUACCCAAGAUUGAUGGAAUGUUGACGAAUUAUAAACAUGCUGCUGUGAUUAGACUUCUUUUUGGAGGAAAAUUCCGUUCAAGUGUCGACGCCGCAAUCGUCAGCUAUCUCCGUGUCAUCGUGAUGCGUGGAGCCAUUCACAGAGCACUCGGUGGACAGGAAAUCAGUGUGCAGAAGAAUUUGUUGAUAUUCCUGAACCAUCAUCUCUUCAAAACUCAAUAUUUCCCCACUCUCAGAGAAGUCGCUCUCGCAUAUUUCGACGUGUACUCAUCUGAAAAAUUGGAUCAAAACGUUGUGAAACAAGUGCAACGACUGAAAACGACACUAAGCCGUGAGCUGGAAGUGCAGAAAAUGAUCUCCUCAUUGAUCGGAUCGAUCGAUUUGAUCGUUUCGACGACGAAGAUCAAUGUAAAGUCAUCGAGUGAUUUGGUUCUGGAAGAGGACGAUGUAUUCGGAGAGCCAAUUAUUCGAGCCAAAGAUUUGGAUGAGUUGAAACCGUCGGAUGUUGGAAAUGAUGGAGAAGACGGGGAUAUGGACACUAAUUAG